AUCUUCAGCUAUGUUUUCUUGCACUAGCAGUUACAACUGGAGCCACUCCAGAAAAGGAAAAGAAACGGGACAUCAUCAGUAUGAUUGCUAAUUUACGGAUCUUACACGAUCCUGAUGAUCCUGAAGAAUAUUUUCCAGUACGAGUUGAUACAGACAAGGUGUUAAAAGAAACGUUCGGUGAAGAUUUUCUCAAGUCAGUUGAGGAUUCAAGUUCCCAAUAUCGGCCUCCGUACGCUGAGGUUUCAAGUUCCCAAUAUCGGCCUCCGUACGCUGAGGUUUCAAGUUCCCAAUACCGGCCUCCGUACGCUGAGGUUUCAAGUUCCCAAUAUCGGCUUCCGUACGCUGAGGAUUCAAGUUUCCAAUAUCGGCCUCCGUACGCUGAGGAUUCAAGUUCCCAAUAUUGGCCUUCGUACGCUGAGGUUUCAAGUUCCCAAUAUCGGCCUCCGUACACUGUCGAUAAGAAUGAAAAUAGCGUGGAAACGACAGAAAAUCCGCGCGAGAUUCAUGUAAUAACACCUGACCCAGACCACAUAUUUGGCUACCCAGAACACUUCGUUUGGAAGGCAUGUCCGGGAAAUUUUGAUGAAAACGUUCCCAAUAUAACUCAGUUUGAAAGAAGUAAAUUAGCUUACGAUUGCUAUAAGACGAAUCAAACGGACUUGAAUGAGAAUCUGCCCGGCGCUCCUGAAGAUAACGCAGUAUAUUACCCAGAAAAAUUCUUAUGGAACUCUAGUGUAGUUCAUCAAGAGGUGUAUCUUCCCCCGCCAAUUGGGCCACCAUAUUAUCUUUGCAAUAAGAGACAUCUUGAUCCAAUACAAGUUGGUUCUGUUCUUGAAAUUCCAGGACUUCAUUUUCCGAAUUACAAAGACAUCCCAUUAACUUCUUUUAGCUGCUCAGACAAGCCUUAUAUUCCCGGAUAUUAUGCCGAUUUGGAGACCGGAUGCCAGGUUUUCCACGUGUGUUUUGGAAAUAGGAAAGAGAGUUUCUUAUGCCCUCUUGGCACAAUAUUUAACCAGGCAGUGCUGACAUGCGACUACUGGUACAGCACCAAUUGCUCCAUGACGCCCCACUUGUACGAAUUAAAUGCUCGAUCACAAACAGCAAGUAAAGAGAUGCAUAGUACAGUGAAAGAUUUUGAGACUGAUAAAACCAUUAGUAGUUCUGGUAAAAAUGAAGAAAUGCUUCCAACGAGUACUGUGAAAUACUACGAUCCACGACCUAAUGUUCCUCACGUUAAAGACGAAUUUCGAAGAUACUCUUCAAGACAUCCACCACCAGAGUCAGAUCUAUCGCAUAUUUUGAAGCUUUUACCCAUAAAAACAAAGGUUUCAGUAUAUCCAGUGUCGAACGAAACAAAAGUGGAAGCGGUGGCAUCGAUUGGAAGCCACGGUGAAAGAAAACAUUGGAGCAUUUAUCAGCCACAUCCAGAAUUUAAACCUAAACUUUCAACAUAUAGCAGAGGCAUUGAUCCAUCGAUUAGCAAAAUAAUAGACGAUGCAUUUGACAUAGCAAGACAAGUAAUAGAUCGAGCUGCUGGAUUUAUUCCUCGAAGGGAAUCACAAAAUGUGAAUAGGAAGGAGACAUCUAAGACAACUUUACCACAAACAUAGUAUGACCUAAAUUACCUAAAGAAACUUUACCACUAACAAGAGUGGAACAUAAAUUGUCUGAGGAAAACUUUACCAACAACAAGAAUAAAGCACUAAGUUUAUAGUGAAACCAGUUCGGGUUACACUAAAAGACCACAAAGCUUGAACAAUUAAGCCUAGCAAUGAAUAAAUCAA